AUGAAAUCGUGUGAUUCAAUAUCAACUGAUGAAACAUCAUCAUCAUCUUUUUCUUCAAAAUCAAUAAAUUCCUUAUCAUCAUUAUCAUCAUCUUCAUCGUCAAAAUCAACUGAAUCAUCAUCUUCAUCAUCAAAACCAACUGAAUCAUCAUCUUCAUUGUUAUCAAUUUCACCUAAACCAACAAUUACAAAAACAACAUCAAAUAAACGAAAAACUAUGUUAACUAUCAAUGGUUAUCAAUUUCAGCUGAAAAAUUUUAAUAAAAAUAAAACGAUUAAAUUUUGGCGUUGUGGUAAUAGAAGUUGUGGUGUACUUUUACACACGAAUCUUAAUGAUGAAUUUGUGCGUUUUUCUGGAAAAACAACUCAACAUUCUCAUUUACCAAAUCCUGCCGAAUUGGAAAUACGAAAUCUUAAAGAAGUAAUGCGACUAAGAGCUGAAAAUGAAUUAACACCAUUACAAGAAAUUGCUGAACAAGAAGUACGAAAAGGUUUAUUGACAGGUGAAGCUCUUGCUGUUUUACCAAAUAUAACUAAUAUUGGUCAUUCUUUGGUACAUAUACGUCGAAAACUGAUUCCUCCUAUUCCAUAUUCAUCGUCUUUUACCAUUCCGGAUGUUUACAUGAACGAUUAUCACAAUCAUCAUCGUUUAUUAUUACAUGAUAGUGAUAAUCCAAAAUUCUCAUUCGAUCAAUCAGAAAAUAUACCACCUUCAGGAAGAAUUUUAAUUUGGUCCUCAGAUGUUCAACUAAAGUUGUUAUUUAAUAGUGAACGAUUACAUAUGGAUGGCACUUUUUCAAGUGCUCCACCGAAUUUUGACCAAGUCUUUGUAAUUCAAGCUAUUCAUCAUGAAACAUGCGUGCCAGUUGUUUAUGCACUUCUUCCUAAUCGUAAAGCUACAACAUAUAUAUAUUUAUUCAAUGUUUUAUUUGUUGAAGCAAAAAAAUUGAACAAGAUAUUCAAUCCGUCCAUCAUUAUGACAGAUUUUGAACCUGGUCUUUCGAAAGCGAUUUCAUUUACAGAAGAAACAAUUCAAAAAGGAUGUUUUUUCCACUUCUCUCAAUCAGUAUAUAGACAAGUUCAAUCAGCUGGUUUAUCAUCAACAUAUUUAAAUAAUAUUAUGGUACGUAGUGCUAUCAGACAAUUGAUGGCACUUGCAUUAGUACCCGAAUCAUAUGUUCCUAUAUUAUUUACUAAUGUCGGUCAAGAACUAACCGAUGAUGAACGUGAUGAAAUACAAGAUUUAUUAGAAUAUUUUAACAGUUAUUGGAUGCGAAAAAUAUCAACAUGGAAUGUUUUCAAUAUUCCUGAUCGCACUAACAAUUAUAGUGAAGGUUAUAAUCACAGAUUUAAAAGACGUUUACAAAAGUCUCAUCCGAAUAUAUGGUUUUUUAUGGAAUCAAUUAAAAAAGAAAUAAAUACAAUUCAUGAUUUAAUUUUACAAAUUGACACUGGGAUGCAACCUCGUUCAAAGCGAUCUCGAUCUAAAAUUGCUGAACAACGAAUGAAAGAAUUAUAUGAUCGGUUUAAUAAUAACAAAAUCACAGCACAAGAUUUAUUACGUGGACUUUCCUUUUCAGUUGCGAACGAAAAAUAA